AUGGAGGGCUCCACUCCCCCUUCCUAUUCAACAAUAUCCCCUUCAUUUCCAUGGGAGGAUGAAGAUGAGGAUUUGAUACUGGAUGAUAUGCCAUCUGAUCUUGAAAACACAUUACAUCUUCUUUCAAUUACAAUUUACAGUAUAGCAUUUUUGCUUGGGACAAUUGGGAAUGGUUUAGUUAUCUGGAUUGCUGGCUUCCGGAUGAAAAGGACAGUAAACACUGUGUGGUUCCUUAACCUUGCAAUUGCUGAUUUUAUAUUUACAUUUUUCUUGCCCUUAAGCAUUACCUAUACUGCUCUUGACUUUCACUGGCCCUUUGGAACCCUGUUGUGCAAGUUUAACAGCACCAUUGCAUUCCUUAACUUGUUUGCUAGUGUUUUCCUACUUACAGUUAUCAGUGCUGAUCGUUGUAUCUCUGUGGUGAGACCUGUGUGGUCUCAGAACCACAGGACACCAAGACUUGCGUCCAUAGUAGCUGUAUUCAUCUGGAUCACAGCCUUUAUACUCUGCUCUCCUUACUUAGCCUUUAGGGAUACUGAUAAAGACAAUUACAGCAAUGUAACUCAUUGUUACAACAAUUAUGCCUUCUCAGAUGACUUUGAAGAUGAUGAAGUUAUAGCUAUCAGAUCUACAAGACACCAGAUUAUGAUUUCUGUUCGCUUUUUAUGUGGAUUCCUUCUCCCAUUUGGACUUAUUGUUGUUUUCUACUCCUUAAUGGCACUGAAGUUAAGAAGAAGCCAUCUAGCCUGGUCCAGUAGACCUUUUAGAGUCAUGGCUGCUGUAGUUGCAGUGUUCUUCCUCUGCUGGUUUCCAUAUCAUGUCUUCUCUGUUUUGGAGGUUGUUAUGCAUCACUGGGAAAGCCAAGAGCUAAGAACUGCUGUCCUGAUAGGAAGUCCUUUAGCUACAAGCCUUGCAUACUUCAACAGUUGUCUGAACCCGUUCCUUUAUGUGUUUUUAGGUAGAGACUUUAAAGAAUCAUUAAGGAGAUCACUUCUUUCUGCUUUUGAAAGAGCUUUUAGUGAGGAACCUGGAAAACAUAGUGACAGUCAUGGGAAGUCCAGAACUCUCUCUGAUCAAGAAUCCCAUUUCACCUGAAUUUAACUAAAAACACCUAAAAAAAAUCUCAUAUGUAUAGUUAUUUGGGGCUAUCAGAAUAAAUAAAAUUUGAAGUUUAUUAUUCUAUAAGACUGGAUUGCCCUAUACAAAUAGACAAUGCACGUCUUACUAACAUACGUCAUAAGGGAGCUAUUAAAAUAUUGUAUAUAUUGGAUCCACUAAGUAGCUUUUAUACACAAUAAUAAAAUAACACUUUACAAAACAGACUUUUGUCUGUAUUGGGGGGAAACAGAAUUUCUGAACUCUUAGGGUAAAAUUGUUAAAAAAAACUAAUUUUAUUUAAAUAUUGUUAAAAGUCCACAGGCAAGCAGGAAUACAUGGAGUGACCCCCUGAUGCGUUUCAUGCGAUACUAUCGCUUAAUCAUAGGUUAGUGUUAUAUCCUCACCUCCCCAUAUAUAAAGUAAGCUUAGCCAAUCAAUAUAACCAUAGCCACCCCUAGAAAAUUUAAAGGUGGUAUGAUACACAGAAAAAUACAUUAUCAGUAUUGCUAAUAAAAAUAUCAAUUAUUACAAUUAUACAUGUCCUGAAUACUAAAGAAUAAAAUGCAAUAAUUGUUUAAGUA